CGGUCCCCUCCCGCCGCCGCCGCCAGCCUCAGCCCGCCCUCCGGACAGUCCCGGCGGGGCGCGCGCCGCCUGCGGAGGAGCAGCGGAGCGGAGCCAGCGCGGGAAGGCGCCAGCGCCAGCCGAGGAGGAAGACGAUGGCCGGGCCACGGCCCAGUCCGUGGACCAGGCUGCUGCUGGCCACGCUGCUGAGCGCCAGCUUCCCCGGGGACACAGCAAACCGCUGCAAGAAGGCCCCGGUCAAGGGCUGCACCGACUGCAUCCGUGUGGACAAGGACUGUGCCUACUGCACGGACGAGACGUUCAGAGAACGGCGCUGCAACACCCGGGCUGAGCUGCUGGCCGCGGGCUGCCGGCUGGACAGCUUGGUGGUCAUGGAGAGCAGCUUCGAGAUCACAGAGGACACCCCCAUCAACACCGAGCUGCCACGCAGCCAGGUGUACCCCCAGGGGCUGCGGGUCCGCCUGCGUCCCGGCGAGGAGCGCCACUUCGAGCUGGAAGUGUUCGAGCCCACGGAGAGCCCCGUGGACCUGUACAUCCUCAUGGACUUCUCCAACUCCAUGUCUGACGAUCUGGACAACCUCAAGCAGAUGGGACAGGACCUGGCCCAGGUCUUGAGCAAGCUCACCAAAGACUUCACUAUUGGAUUUGGCAAGUUUGUGGACAAGGUCAGCGUCCCUCAGACGGACAUGAGGCCCGAGAAGCUGAAGGAGCCGUGGCCUCACAGCGAUGCUCCCUUCUCCUUCAAGAACGUCAUCAGCCUGACGCACGACUUGAACGAGUUUCGGAGCAAACUGCAGGGAGAGAGGAUCUCAGGCAACCUGGACGCGCCCGAAGGCGGGUUCGACGCCAUCCUGCAGACGGCCGUGUGCACGGGCAUUCACUCCAACCUGGGCAUCUUGGCCCUGGAGAGCCCCCGAGGCCUGCGGACAGAGGUCACCUCCAAGAUGUUCCAGAAGACCAAGACUGGGUCCUUUCACAUCCGUCGUGGGGAAGUGGGCACAUACCAGGUGCAGCUGCGGGCCGUGCAGGAUGUGGACGGGACACACAUCUGCCAGCUGCCGGGGGAGGACCAGAAGGGCACCGUCCACCUGAAGCCGUCCUUCUCCGACGGCCUCAAGAUGGACGUGGGCAUCAUCUGUGAUGUCUGCGCCUGUGAGCUGCAAAAAGAGGUGCGGUCUGCUCGGUGCACCUUCAACGGGGACUUCGUGUGCGGACACUGUGUGUGCAAUGAGGGCUGCCUGCGCGGGGCCGAGCCCGAGGCCUGCUCGGGGCGCGGCGAGUGCCAGUGCGGCCGCUGCGUGUGCUAUGGCGAGGGCCGCUACGAGGGCGACUUCUGCCAGUACGACAACUCCCAGUGCCCCCGCGCCUCGGGCUUCCUCUGCAACGACCGGGGCCGCUGCUCCAUGGGCCAGUGUGAGUGUGAACCGGGCUGGACAGGCCCGAGCUGCGACUGUCCCCUCAGCAACGUCACCUGCAUCGACAGCAACGGGGGCAUCUGUAACGGGCGUGGUCACUGCGAGUGUGGCCGCUGCCACUGCAACCAGCAGUCCAUCUACACGGACACCGUCUGUGAGAUCAACUACUCCUCGAUCCGCCUGGGCAUCUGUGAGGACCUGCGUUCCUGCGUGCAGUGUCAGGCCUGGGGCACCGGGGAGAAGAAGGGGCGCCUGUGCCAGGAGUGCAGCUUCAAGGUCAAGAUGGUGGACCAGCUUAAGAAAGGUGGGGCGGGGCCGGGGUGGGCUGUGAGGUCCAGCGGGGGCACGGGAGGGGCGGCCACUCCUCUGGCGGGGGGGGGCUGCCCCGCCCCCGGCCUCACCCUCCUCUCCCGUCCUCCUCCAGACUGUCCUCCCGGCUCCUUCUGGUGGCUCAUCCCUCUGCUCAUCUUCCUCCUGCUGCUCCUGGCGCUGCUCCUGCUGCUCUGCUGGAAAUUCUGUGCAUGCUGCAAGACCUGCCUGGCCUGUCUCCCUUGCUGCAACCAAGGCCACAUAGUGGGCUUCAAGGAGGACCACUACAUGCUGCGGGAGGGCCUGAUGGCGUCGGACCACCUGGACACGCCCCUGCUGCGCAGCGGGACCCUCAAGGGGCGCGACACGGUGCGCUGGAAGAUCACCAACAACGUGCAGAGGCCGGGCUUCGCCAGCCACGCGGCCAGCAGCAACCCCGCCGAGCUGGUGCCCUACGGGCUGUCCCUGCGCCUCGCCCGCCUCUGCACGGAAAACCUGCUGAAGCCGGACACCCGGGAGUGCGAGCAGCUGCGCCGGGAGGUGGAGGAAAAUCUGAAUGAGGUGUACAGGCAGAUCUCGGGCGCGCACAAGCUCCAGCAGACCAAGUUCCGGCAGCAGCCCAACGCAGGCAAGAAGCAGGACCACACCAUAGUGGACACCGUGCUGAUGGCGCCCCGCUCGGCCAAGCAGUCGCUGCUGAAGCUGACGGAGAAGCACGUGGACCAGAGGUCCUUCCACGAGCUCAAGGUGGCCCCCGGCUACUACACACUCACUGCCGACCAGGAGGCCCGCGGCAUGGUGGAGUUCCAGGAGGGCGUGGAGCUGGUGGACGUGCGGGUGCCUCUCUUCAUCCGGCCCGAGGACGACGACGAGAAGCAGCUGCUGGUGGAGGCCAUCGACGUGCCGGUGGGCACUGCCACCCUCGGGCGCCGCCUGGUGAACAUCACCAUCAUCAAGGAGCAAGCCAGCGGGGUCGUGUCCUUCGAGCAGCCUGAGUUCCUGGUGAGCAGAGGCGAGCAGGUGGCCCGCAUCCCGGUCACCCGGCGCAUCCUGGACAGCGGCAAGUCCCAGGUCUCCUACCGCACGCAGGACAACACGGCGCAGGCCCGGCGGGACUAUGUCCCCGUGGAGGGCGACCUGGUGUUCCAACCUGGCGAGACCUGGAAGGAGCUGCAGGUGAAGCUGCUGGAGAUGCAGGAGGUGGACUCCCUCCUCAAGGGCCGCCAGAAUCGCCGCUUCUAUGUCCAGCUCCUCAACCCCAAGUUUGGGGCCCGCCUGGGCCACCCCUCCUCGGCCACUGUCAUCAUUGGGGACCGAGAUGAAGUUGAUGAAAUUAUGAACCAGUCACUGUUAUCAUCCGCACCCACCCGGUGUGAACUGGGCACCCCACAGAACCCCAAUGCCAAGGCAGCUGGAUCCCGGAAGAUCCACUUCAACUGGCUCCCCCCUCCUGGCAAGCCCAGAGGGUACAGAGUGAAGUACUGGAUCCAGGGCGACUCUGAGUCCGAAGCGCACCUGCUGGACAGCAAGGUGCCCUCCGUGGAGCUCACCAACCUGUACCCGUUCUGCGACUACGAGAUGAAGGUGUGCGCCUACGGGGAGCAGGGCGAGGGGCCCUACAGCUCCCUGGUGUCCUGCCGCACCCACCAGGAAGUGCCCAGCGAGCCGGGGCGACUGGCCUUCAACGUCGUCUCCGCCACGGUGACCCAGCUGAGCUGGGCUGAGCCGGCCGAGACCAACGGCGAGAUCACAGCCUACGAGGUCUGCUACGGCCUGGUCAACGAGGACAACCGUCCCAUCGGGCCCAUGAAGAAGGUGCUGGUGGACAGCCCCAAGAAGCGGACGCUGCUCAUCGAGAACUUGCGCGAGUCCCAGCCGUACCGCUACACGGUGAAGGCCCGCAACGGGGCGGGCUGGGGGCCUGAGCGCGAGGCCAUCAUCAACCUGGCCACCCAGCCCAAGCGGCCCAUGUCCAUCCCCAUCAUCCCGGACAUCCCGAUCGUGGACGCCCAGUGUGGGGAGGACUAUGAGCACCUACUCAUGUACAGCGACGACGUGCUGCGCUCCCCGGCCGGCAGCCAGAGGCCCAGCGUCUCGGACGACACCGGCGGCGGCUGGAAGUCGGAGCCCCGGCUGGGGGCGGAGCAGGACCUGCGGCGCGUCACGUGGCGGCUGCCCCCGGAGCUCAUCCCGCGCCUGUCGGUCAGCAGCGGGCGCUCCUCUGCAACUCUGGACCCCUGUGAUGGCCAGGGGGCGCAAGGAGCGGCCUCCUUUGGCUCUCCCGCUGGCCACACGGCCGGGAGCCGCCCGAGGGGCCUGCGGGGCUCAGACCCUGCGUCCUGCCUGCCGGAGGCACUGCCAGAGCACCUGGUGAAUGGGCGGAUGGACUUUGCCUACCCCGGCAGCGCCAACUCCCUGCAAAGGAUGACGGUGGCCAAUGCCGCCUAUGGCACCCACCUGAGCCCCUGCCCGGCCCAGCCCAUGCUGAGUGCGUCCUCCACGCUCACGCGGGACUACAGCUCCCUCACCCGCACGGAAUGCUCCACGCUGCCCCGGGACUGCGGCACCCUGGGCUCCCGCAGCCUCCACAGUGCGCGCUCCGCGGCAGGUGUCACGCCCAGCCGCCUGGUCUUCUCGGCCCUGGGACCCACGUCCCUGAGAGUCAGCUGGCAGGAGCCGCAGUGUGACCGGGGGAUACAGGGCUACAGCGUGGAGUACCAGCUGCUGAGCGGCGGCGAGAUGUAUCGACUCAACAUCACCAACCCCAGCCAGACCUCCGUGGUGGUGGAAGACCUGCUGCCCAACCACUCCUACGUGUUCCGCGUGCGGGCCCAGAGCCAGGACGGCUGGGGCCCGGAGCGCGAGGGCGUCAUCACCAUCGAGUCGCAGGUGCACCCACAGAGCCCGCUCUGCCCCCUGCCGGGCUCUGCCUUCACUCUGAGCACCCCCAGCGCCCCGGGUCCACUGGUGUUCACCGCCCUGAGCCCAGACUCGCUGCAGAUCAGCUGGGAGCGGCCGCGCAGGCCGGAUGGGGACAUCCUCGGCUACCUGGUGACCUGUGAGCGGGCCCAAGGAGCAGAGCCAGCCACCACGUUCCUGGUGGAGGGCGACAGCCCCGAGAGCCGCCUGACCGUGCCGGGUCUCCUGGAGAACGUGCCCUACAAGUUCAAGGUGCAGGCCAAGACCACCCAGGGCUACGGGCCGGAGCGUGAGGGCAUCAUCACCAUCGAGUCCCAGGAUGGAGGACACUUUCCCCAGCUGGGCAGCCACUGCGGGCUCUUCCAGUACUCACUGCCCGGCGAGUACAGCACCAUCACCACCAGCCACACCAGCACCACCGAGCCCUUCCUACUGGAGGGGCUGAGCCUGGGCUCCCAGCGCCUGGAGGCAGCGGGCUCCCUCACCCGGCACGUGACCCAGGAGUUUGUGAGCCGGACAAUGACCACCAGUGGCACCCUCGGCGGCCAGAUGGACCAGCAGUUCUUCCAGAGCUGAGCACUGGCCCGCCCUCCAGCGUCUGGGGAUCCCGGCCCCACCUGCCUGCUCUCUCCCCUACUGCUGCUUCAGCAUCUCCAUCCCCAGACCCCUUGCGCCCAGCCCAGGGCAGGCUGAUCCCAGGCCAGUGCCCCUGACCACAGCAGGGGCUGGUGUCCUUGGGAGGCGUGUGAAGCCUGGGCAGUCCCAGGCGGCCCUCGGGCUGCCCCCCCCCAGCCCCAAGCCCGUUUGUGACCAAAGAGCUGGGACUGGCCUGGCGGGGACCCAACUUGGCCCUGCAUAUCAUACACAUAAUAAAUGAUCCUGUUACCACCCGGAGCCGCCCUAGCCGUGUUCCAGGGCUGAGGAGGUGCCGGCCCAGAGCGGGGAGCGGUCCUGACACCCUCCUCUGCGCCCCAGCACGCGCCCACCUCAGAGGCCGCGGGUGUGGUGGUCGCAGGCACAUGUUUAUUGAGACCCAGAGUGGGCACCGGCACUGGACAGCGAGACCUGCCCGCCCGGUGCCGGGGCCUCACAGGCUCAACACCUUGGCGCCGUCUGCAGCCCGGGAGAGGUAGAAGGUGGCGGUGCCGCUGUACCGCUC